GUUUGAUUUUGAAUAGCAGCCCAUAUUUUCCCGGCAAAAAAAAAAAUCACAGAAGUCGGAGCAACCAACUGAACAUCCACAUGAAAUGGCCAAAACACUCCUACCGCUCUUCUUCUCCAUCCUCAUCUCCUUACCCUUUAUCGUAAUUUCACAAUCACCGGACUCCGAGCAGUCCAUCCUCCUCAAACUGAAAGAGCAAUGGGGCGAUCCACCGUCCAUCCAGUCCUGGACCUCUUCAUCCUCGCCGUGUGAUUGGCCGGGGAUAAGCUGCACCUCCGGCACCGUCACCGGAAUAAUACUCCAGGAGAAAGGCAUAGAGAAGGAAAUUCCGGCGGCUAUUUGCGACCUUCCGAACCUCAACGUCCUUAACCUCGCCUGGAAUUACAUUCCCGGCGAUUUUCCGGCGACUCUCUACAACUGCUCCAAGCUCCAGUUCCUCGACCUCUCUCAGAACUACCUCGUCGGUUCAAUCCCCGGCGAUAUUGACCGUAUUUCAUCUCUGCAGUACUUGGACCUCGCCGGAAACAACUUCUCCGGCAAUAUUCCGGCGGCUGUUGGAAACCUAACGGAGCUGAAGGUCUUGAAUCUUUACAUGAAUCUAUUCAACGGAACAUUUCCGAAAGAGAUCGGUAACUUGUCGAAUCUCGAGAUAUUUGACUUGUCGUUUAAUGGUGAUCUGAUCGCUGCCGAAAUCCCACCGGAGUUUGGAAAGCUGGAGAAGCUAAAGGAGCUACGGAUGAGGAGGACGAAUUUGAUCGGUCAAAUCCCGGAGACUUUGUCUAACCUUUUGAGCCUCCGGGAGCUUAAUCUUGCGAUAAACAAUUUGGAAGGGAAGAUUCCUGCCGGCUUGUUUUUGUUGAAGGAUUUGAGGAAUUUGUUUCUAUUCCACAAUAGAUUGAUCGGAGAGAUUCCGGUCACCGUUGGAGCAAUGAGUUUGGAGCAAGUUGACCUUUCUAUGAACAACUUAACCGGCUCAAUCCCACCGGAUUUCGGCAAGCUGAGCAACCUGACUGUCUUGAACUUGUUUUCCAAUCAACUCACGGGUGGAAUUCCCACCGAUUUAGGGCUAAUUAAGACGCUGAAGAUCUUUCGGGUUUUCAAGAACCAGCUAAAUGGGACUCUACCACCGGAGUUAGGUCUUCACUCGGAGCUUGAAUCGUUUGAGGUGUCGGAGAAUCAGAUGAGUGGUGCACUGCCGGAGCAUCUGUGCAGCAAAGGCCUGUUGCAAGGAGCUAUUGUCUUCUCUAACAAACUCAGUGGAGAGUUGCCUAAAGGACUUGGGAACUGUCGUGCUUUGCGUUCAGUGCAAGUCUACAACAACAGUUUUUCCGGUGAGCUCCCCGAGGGGCUUUGGACUUCACUGAAUCUUUCGACAUUGAUGAUGAGCAACAAUUUGUUUUCGGGGCAGCUUCCCACGUCAAGGCUAGCUUGGAAUCUGUCUAGGCUGGAAAUCAGCAACAACAGAUUUUCUGGUGAAAUCCCGGUUCAAGUUUCAUCUUGGGGAAGUUUGGUUGUUUUCAAGGCAGGUGGGAAUCUGUUUACAGGGAAAAUCCCUGUAGAAUUGACUAGCCUUUCUCAGCUUAACACUUUGUCACUCGAAGGCAAUCGAUUUUCGGGUGAAUUACCAUCGCAGAUCACUGCGUGGGGAUCGUUGACGACUCUGGAUCUCUCAAGAAAUGAGCUUUCAGGAUUCAUUCCAACAGCUAUUGGUUCUUUGCCUGACCUGCUUUACUUGGACUUGUCAGGUAACAAAUUCUCAGGUCAAAUCCCAUCUGAGUUAGGCCACUUGAGGCUCAACUCCCUCAACCUAUCUUCAAAUGAGCUUUCCGGGAAGAUCCCAGAUGUGUUUGAAACCGUUUCUUAUGAAAACAGUUUCUUGAACAAUUCAAAUCUAUGUGCUAGUAGUUCAAUUCUAAACCUUCCCAGUUGCUACACCAAACUCCAUAGAUCCCACAAGUUAUCCUCCAAAGUCCUUGCCAUGAUCUUAGUCCUUUCCAUUGCGGUGUUUAUAGUUACUGUUCUAUUGACAUUUUUCGUUGUAAGAGACUACCGGAGGAAGAAGCGUGGCAAUGACUUGGCAACAUGGAAGCUUACCUCAUUCCAGAGAGUGGAUUUCACCGAGUUCAAUCUCUUGACAAACUUGACAGAUGCGAAUCUCAUUGGCAGUGGAGGCUCAGGGAAGGUCUAUCGAAUUAGUACCAACGGCCCACGUGAAUUUGUCGCGGUGAAAAGGAUUUGGAACAACAAAGAACUGGAUCCGAGGCUCGAAAAAGAAUUUAAUGCUGAGGUUGAGGUACUGGGCGCCAUUCGUCAUUCGAACAUUGUUAAGUUGCUGUGCUGCAUUUCUAGUGAGAAUUCGAAGCUUUUAGUGUACGAGUACAUGGAGAAUCAUAGUCUAGAUAAGUGGCUUCAUGUAAAGAAGAGAAAACAAACGGCAGGGAUGAAUUUGGCUCAUCAUGUUGUUUUGGACUGGCCAAAGAGACUGGAGAUUGCAAUAGGGGCAGCACAGGGCUUGUACUACAUGCACCAUGAGUGCUCUCCCCCUGUAAUUCAUAGAGAUGUCAAGUCCAGCAAUAUCUUGUUGGACUCUAAAUUCAAAGCUCGCAUUGCAGACUUCGGACUGGCCAAGAUCUUGGCCAAGCAUGGAGAAGGAGAGCCCCACACUAUGUCAGUUAUUGCAGGCUCUUUUGGUUAUAUUGCUCCAGAAUAUGCUUAUACGACGAAAAUCAAUGAAAAGAUCGAUGUUUACAGCUUCGGCGUAGUACUUCUGGAGCUAACAACAGGUAGAGAACCUAAUAGUGGAGGCGAAUACACCAACUUAGCAGAAUGGGCAUGGCAGCAAUUUGGUGAAGGAAAGAACAUUGAUGAAGCCCUGGAUGAGGGUAUAAAGAAGACAUGUUACUUGGAAGAGAUGACUACUGUUUUUAAACUAGGACUCAUCUGCACUAGCACACAACCUUCAACUCGGCCUUCCAUGAAAGAAGUUCUACACAUCCUUCGCGGGUAUGGUCCGUCUGAUGUUUAUGAUAGCAAAAAAGUGGGGAGUGAUUUUGACAUUGCGCCUCUCCUUAACACUGCGACUUACCUUUCCAGUUACAAGCACGGUAAAAAGAAAGACGAUAGCAUAGUUUAUAGUGUGUAACGUGCUCUGGAGCUGUGAAGAGAUCCCAUAAACUGAUAAAAGCACCGCAAAAUAGGAUCUGUGCUUUUGUAUUUUUGAGCUUGUGUAGUAGUAAACUCAAUUAGCCUUACACAGGAUAGUAAUGAUACUUUCUUGAAGGUUCAGCUUAAAGGAUUGUAAGACUUCUAUAGUGCUGUUGUUUUAAAGCUUUCAGUAUCAAUGGCUAUGGUCUAUUGACAAUUUGACAU